CCCUCCAGGAAGUCGGCGCGGGCCAGGCGGCCGGUGGAAGCCGGUACCGGGAGGAACUACAGCGUCGCCGCCUGGGUCGUGCCGCCGCGGUGGGCGCUGCGCUCUGAGCGCAGGCCUCGUAGCGACCGCCCAGCCGCCCUCUGUCCGCGAUGGAGGUGCCGGCCGCGGGCUGCGUUUCCUGCGAGGGCGCCCCGACGGCUACCGUGGCCGAGGUGCGCUGCCCGGGGCCCGCGCCGCUGCGCCUGCUGGAGUGGAGGGUGGCGGCGGGCGCGGCUGUGCGCAUCGGCUCGGUGCUGGCCGUGUUCGAGGCCGCCGCCUCCGCGCAGCCCGCUGGGGCGCCUCAGUCCCGUGCAGCCUCCGGGGGCUGCGUGCGCCCCGCGCGGCCGGAGCGCAGGCUGAGGUCGGAGCGCGCGGGCGUGGUGCGGGAGCUGUGCGCGCAGCCGGGCCAGGUGGUCGCUCCAGGAGCGGUUCUGGUGAAAUUGGAAGGAUGCAGCCACCCGGUUGUCAUGAAAGGCCUGUGUGCUGAAUGUGGCCAAGACCUCACCCAGUUGCAGAGUAAGAACGGGAGGCAGCAGGUGCCACUGUCCACGGCGACCGUGUCCAUGGUGCACAGCGUGCCGGAGUUGAUGGUGAGCUCCGAGCAAGCGGAGAAGCUGGGAAGAGAAGACCAGCAGCGACUGCAUCGGAACCGGAAGCUGGUGCUCAUGGUGGAUCUGGACCAGACGCUGAUCCACACAACUGAGCAGCACUGUCAGCAGAUGUCGAAUAAAGGCAUCUUUCACUUCCAGCUGGGCCGGGGGGAGCCCAUGUUGCACACGCGCCUGCGUCCGCACUGCAAGGACUUCCUGGAGAAGAUCGCCAAGCUGUACGAGCUGCACGUCUUCACCUUCGGCAGCCGGCUGUACGCACACACCAUCGCAGGCUUUUUAGACCCCGAGAAGAAGCUUUUUUCUCAUCGAAUAUUAUCCAGGGAUGAAUGCAUUGACCCGUUUUCUAAAACGGGAAACCUUAGAAAUCUCUUUCCUUGUGGAGACUCAAUGGUUUGCAUUAUUGAUGAUCGAGAAGAUGUCUGGAAGUUUGCCCCCAAUCUGAUAACUGUGAAGAAAUACGUGUACUUCCAGGGCACAGGUGACAUGAAUGCGCCCGCUGGGUCCCGAGACUCUCAGACGAGAAAGAAAGUAAAUCAUUCUUCUCGAGGCACCGAGAUCUCAGAGCAAGCUCCACCCGUGAGAGAGCCCGAGGCGGGAAUGCAGGCCCCUGGAGUGGAGCCCAGCAAUGGCCUGGAGAAGCCAGCUCAAGAGCUGAACGGCAGUGAGGCCGCCGCCCCGCAGGACUCGCCCCGCCCCGGGAAACCGGACGAGAGGGACACCUGGCCCCCUGCCCAGGCCCCCACCAGCAGCGGAGAGCUGGCAGGCACUCCUGAGCCCCAAGGAUCCUGUGCGCAGGGUGGCCGGGCAGCACCGGGACAGCGGCUUGCCCAGGGUGCCACGGGCACUGACCUGGACUUCGACUUAUCCAGCGAUAGCGAGAGCAGCAGUGAGUCCGAGGGCACGAAGUCUUCCUCCUCCACCUCUGACGGCGAAAGUGAGGGGAAGAGAAGCCGGCAGAAGCCGAAGGCCGCCCCAGAGGGAGCCGGGGCGCUGGCACAGGGCAGUUCCCUGGAGCCGGGGCGGCCUGCAGCACUGAGUCUCCCCGGAGAGGCCGAGCCCGGCACGCAUGCCCCAGACAAGGGGCCCGAGCUGGGUGGGCAGGAGGAGGGCGAGCGGGACGGCCUCUGCGGCCUGGGCAAUGGCUGUGCCGACAGGAAGGAGGCGGAGACGGAGUCACAGAACAGCGAGCUGUCGGGUGUUACCGCGGGCGAGUCCCUGGACCAGAGCGUGGAGGAGGAGGAGGAGGAGGAGGAGGAGGACACGGACGAGGAUGACCACCUCAUCUACCUGGAGGAGAUCCUGGUGCGUGUGCACACCGACUACUACGCCAAGUACGACCGCUUCCUCAACAAGGAGAUCGAGGAGGCACCAGACAUCCGCAAGAUCGUGCCGGAACUCAAGAGCAAGGUGCUGGCCGACGUGGCCAUCAUUUUCAGUGGGCUGCACCCGACAAACUUCCCGAUAGAGAAGACGCGGGAGCAUUACCACGCCACGGCGCUGGGAGCAAAGAUCCUCACUCGGCUGGUGCUGAGCCCCGACGCCCCUGACAGGGCCACGCACCUGAUCGCCGCGCGGGCUGGCACAAAGAAGGUGCUGCAGGCGCAGGAGUGCGGACACCUGCACGUGGUCAACCCUGACUGGCUGUGGAGUUGCCUGGAGCGCUGGGAUAAGGUGGAGGAGCAGCUCUUCCCGCUCAGAGACGACCACACCAAGGCACAGAGGGAGAACAGUCCUGCAGCCAUUCCCAACCGGGAGGGUGUGCCCCCCACCACCUUGUUCCACCCAGUGCCGGUUCUUCCCAAGGCCCAGCCUGGCCCUGAGGUUCGAAUCUACGAUUCCAACACGGGGAAGCUCAUCAGGACGGGCGCCCAGGGGCCCCCAGCGCCCCCCAGCUCCCUACCCGUCCACCAGGAGCCCUCUUCCUUCAGAGCGGUUCCGCCACCCCAGCCGCAGACGUUUGGCGAAGAGCUGCCUGACACUCCGGACGGAGAGCAGCCUGGCCCUUCUAGAAGAAAGCGACAGCCCAGUAUGUCUGAGACAAUGCCGCUGUACACUCUUUGUAAGGAGGAUUUAGAGAGUAUGGACAAAGAGGUGGACGACAUCCUCGGGGAAGGCAGCGACGACAGCGACAGCGAGAAGAGGAGGCCUGAGGAGCAGGAGGAGGAGCUCCAGCCCCAGACGCCAGGGGCUCGCAGGGAGCGGACACUUGGGGCAGCGGCGUCCAGCGAGAGGAGCGCGGCAGGCGGCCGGGGGCCCAGAGGCCACAAGAGGAAGCUGAAUGAAGAGGACGCCGCCAGCGAAUCCAGCAGGGAGUCCAGCAACGAGGACGAGGGCAGCAGCUCCGAGGCCGACGAGAUGGCCAAGGCACUGGAGGCGGAGCUCAACGACCUCAUGUGAGCGCGGGCGGCCGGCAGGGACUGGAGCCUGGCUGGCCUCCAGCAGAAUUCGGACGUCCCCCGACCAGCCCUCGGUCUCGGUCCACGCGGCUUUCUUCCCAAAGGAAACGUAUAUUUGCAGAGCUCCACAUACAGAAACACAUUAUUUUGCAGAAAUAGGCGUUUUUAAGAAGUUUUACUACAGGAUAGUGACAGGUGUUAGAGGCCCCGGUGUGCUGUGCCAAAGAGUUCAGCAGAGGCUCGCGUGGCCCAGGCCGGCGCCGGCGGCUGUCCUGGUAAGGGGUGGUUGGUGUGUGUUCCUCUGUGUACCAGAGCACACUCCUCGAGACGGCUUUGGACUAGGAGUUGAAACGGGACAGCGUGCGUGCACCCAGCGCCGAGCCCGGCACAGACGUCCCCGUCGCUCCGUCCUGGGGAUGUUUCCGGGGAACGCCAUGAGUCUCGGGCAGCCUGGAGCUUCCUGCAGCUUCCUAUGCAGGGUCCACGCCACAUGACCUGGGCUGCCACCCUGCCCUCCUCCCACUGGCAUCCUGGCAAGGGGGCGUUGCUUUUCCCGGGCGACCUUUUAUGUCUUGGAGAGACCUGAUGUAAAGUUUCUGUAAAUCUAUUUCAUAUCUGACCCACCAAGCAGAUUUUUCUUUCAUUUAAUAAAAAUCCUUUUUGUAAGUUCUCU